AUGUCAAAUAAUUCGAUGAACAAACACUGUGAGCACUAUGAUAGAAACGGUCAUACAAUUGAAGAAUGUCGGACCCUCAAAUUCCAUUGCAAGUAUUGUGAUAGGAGAGGCCACACUGAGGAUAGAUGUAAAUUUAAAAAUGGGACAUGGGUUCCCAAUGACACAGGAAUUCAAGGCAGUAAGCACAAUCAAUCUAAGCAACAACGUCAAGGGUCUAAAGGGCACAUCAAUUCGCGUGGGUCUUUUUCUACUGCCCACGCAGCAGACACAGCUCCAGCGCAUGAGGCCCAGUCAUAUGGUUUCAAUGCAACAACCCAGCCAGCCUCUCAAUCCAACCCUUUACAUGGGUUUUCUGCAGAGCAACUCCAACAACUAGCACAUGCCGUUUCUAUGAUGAGUUCAACUCAUUCCUCUGGUAAUAGCAAUGCUUAUGCAAAUGCUGCAGAUAGCGGAGCUACUGAUCACAUCACUUAUGACCCCACACUUUUCACCAAAAUUGAAUCAUCACAAAUGCCCAUUGUUAAUUUACCUACUGGUUCUCAUGCCCCAAUCACUUCCACUGGCACUAUACCAUUCAAUUCAAAUAUCACAUUAGACAAAGAUUUGGCUACGGGGAAGAUGAUUGGCUCGGGUAAACAGCGUGGUGGUCUCUAUUACAUGUCUCCGUUGCAAAAGACACCUGUCUCAUAUCAAUGUUUGUCCCAUGGCCAAGCAAACAAGACUUCCAUUUCCUCUAAGUUCAAUAUCAACUAA